UCAAAGCGAAGACUAUUACGGCUAUACCAGCAGCAGUGGCGUCUCGUUCUUCAAUAACGAUAACACUGUAACUGAUGCUGUUUCAACAUUCCUCAACAAUGGACGCGUUCUCUUUGGUACAGCUGGUGGUUCAUCCGGUGCAACAGCAACAACAAGCUCCACAAGUAAUACGGCCGGUGCAAGCAGCUCUACCACCUCAGCAGCUGCAAGCACUGCUUCGAGCAGCUCAGGCGGCAAUGCUGGUGGAAAUCAAGGUGGCAGUAGCACAUCUGCUGGUAACUCGGGCACAGCUGGGGGUGGCUCCGGCACUGUUGGUUCUGGACAGAAUUUAGGUGUACUCACAGUGACUUCUGUAGCAGUUGCACAAACGGCCGUUGAUGGCAGUAUUUACUGUUCUUCAACUUACGAUUGCAGUGGUGAAGCUGCUGGAUCGCAUAUAAUGUGCUCUUAUCCAUCG